AAUCAAACUCGGCGGCACUGGGCUGAGCCCAUGUGUUGCUCUUGUCGGGUGAGGUUACGCUCGACAUUGUGCCUUUCGUAGAUGUAGUUUUGGUAUCUGUUGUCCUUUGUGCUGCAGGAGAUGAGGUCGAAGAAGAGGACGAUGGAGAUGUGGUCCCUGUGGAUUGUUGUUGUGGUGUCGAUGUGGUAUGAAUUGAGCAGCGGUGAUAGGGUUCAUACGAGUAUGUUAUUGACGUACGAUAGAAACGAGACGGUGUUCUCGAGGUUUGAAUCCACAAAAGAGGUGACUGAGAUGAAGAUGGAGACUGCUGAGGGGAAUUAUGCAAUCGACCGUGACUCGGAAUUUGUUGUUGUUGUCGUUGUUGUUUUCGUCCUCCAAUCUGACCAACCCCGGAAAUUACACCGCGACUCCGGAGAUAAGAAGGCGGGGAAUGACUGACUUUGCGCAGGAAACUAGGGGC